UCUAUCCAUUCACUUAUGUGCUUAUGCUUGGUAAUGGUCUCUCCUAUGAAGUGCAGGGCAUUACUUUAAAUGCAACCACUUAUGGCUAUGUCUCCAGUCUGUCUAGUGCUCCAAGAUCUCUGUCUAAUAAUGUUGCUCAUCUUUUUCAGUGCUGACUGCCACAAACUGCACCAAGAUCAACUUUGCGGGUCUACUUGCCCUGCUGUGCAGAAAGGGCAAAGGCACACAUAUAGAUACAGUACAACCAUAAACAGUGCUUGGAAAGGUCCUUCAUCAGGAGGCAGCCAGUUAGCUUUGGACUGUGUUGUUGACAUUGAUGUCAGACCAGGAUGUCCAGAAAUUAUAUUAAAGCUAAGGAACAUACAAAUAAAGCAUAGCUCAGCGAAAAGAGAGAAUUCGGUGCUACGCUUGAAGAACAUAAGAGAGUCAUUGGAGAAGAACCCCCUGCGGUUCUGGCUUGAGGGGGGAAAGGUCACAAAGCUCUGCCCACAGGAGGCUGAGCAGGUGUGGACCCUCAACAUCAAGAGGUCCAUUCUGAGCAUGUUCCAGACCUCACACUCGGGACGAGCCAGGGAGACAAUCAGAGAGACUGAUGUGUAUGGGACAUGUAUGAGCUCUUAUGAGCAGAGGGGACCAUCGCUGGUGAAGAGCAGAAACCUCCAGCAGUGCCUCAGUGAGAGAAUCGAUCAGUUUUGGAAACACUCUGUUCCCCUGAAGGAUGGCAUGACGGUGAGUGCCGGGCUCACAUGCAUCCAGCUCAAUGAUGGAACAAUGCUGAAGAAGGUCAACUGUACAGAAACAGUGUCACUGGUUCCCCUGCCAGGCCUCUUAGAAGUAACAGAAACUAAAACCUUUUCAAGCCUAACUCUCCUGAGAACCCUUGAAGUGAUUCCAUCAGAUUUGGUGCAGAACGCUGGUUACUUGACCAGUAUUAUGUUUGAGGCUGAAAACCAGAUCUCAGGCAGGCAUGGUGGACCAUCAGUUCAAGAGGUUUCCAAUACAGUGAGGAGGUUGUGUGCUCACCUCGCAAAUCAGCAACAGCAAUCAGAGCUUCUCCUGAAUCUGGUGCUCCAGUUGAGAACCUUGUCGGCCCAUCAGUUGAGAGACUUGUGGCAUGAGGCCUCCUUCAAAUGUCGAGACGACUGGCAGCCCCUUCUAGAUACUCUGUCAGUCUGUGGAACUGAGGAUUGCAUCCUUGUCACUACAGACCUCAUAAUCAACAAAGAAGUGGACCAGGAACAAAUCCUACUUCUCCUCAAAACUAUCAGUUUUGCUCCCCACCCUACUUCAUCCAUGAUUAGCAACCUUAGUGCCUUGCUGCAGAUACCUCUUAUUCGUCCAAAAGCACUGCUGGUUAUGUCUUCACUGGUCCACGGUCUUUGUCAACAGCAACAGGGUCCAUGUAACGAAAUCCCUGAUGUCCAACAGUUGGUCCAUGUUCUGAAUCAGAGUCUUGAUGCAGGAUGUGAAGUGGAUGAUCAUUUGCAGAUCACAGAGCUGCUGCAUGUGUUGAAAGCAGUGGAAAACGCAGGAGCAGCUGCAUCAGAUCUCCUCCCCAAACUGAGCCGCUGUGUGCAGAAUCAGUCUGUGCCUCUGGAGCUUCGGCUGGCAGCUGUACGAGCAUUCAGGAGAAUCCCAUGCCAUCAUGACAGGACAACUCUUGCUCGGGCAUUUCAAAGCCAGCAGGAGAACGUGGAGGUCAGAAUUGCAGCAUAUCAGCAGGUCAUGCACUGUCCAAACCAGGAGAUUUUCACAAUUGUGAAAACAGCUUUAAGCAUUGAGAAGUCUAGUCAAGUCGGGUCAUUUGUUUGGAGUCACCUUUUCAAUAUCCAGAAAACAGAAGAUCCACUGAAAAAAGAGCUGAUGGAGUCACUGCCAGACGAUAUCAUAAGUAAAGACUUUGAAGCGGAACCGUGGAAAUAUUCCUCACAUAUGGACUAUACAGUGGACACAGGAGUGGCUGCUGCUAACAUCGAGGGAGCUGUAGUUUUCUCCCCUGAAUCUUUUGUUCCACGUUAUGCUAUGGCAAAUCUAACAGUUCACGUCCUAGGCAGAGCAUUCAAUCUUCUGGAGAUUAGCCUAAGAAUGGAAAACCUAGAGCCUGUUCUGAAGAAAAUCUUUGAGGAGCAUCCUCUAGCAUCAGCUGAACAGUCCAGAUCUAAGGGUCAAACAGACUCUGUGAGGCAUGAACAGAAAGGACCAAUCAGAGACGAGGAUCCAGAAGGCAGUGAUGGCUGUCAGGCCACAGGUUUGACUUCCAUCAAGACUAAGUUCACAGAGCACAGGAAAAGAGAUAGUAGGUUCCGAUGUUGGAUGAAUGUGAAGAUGUUUGGCCACGACCUCACCUUUAUGACCUGUGAUGAUGUCCAUGCGUAUCAGAGAAAGCUGUCACUUAGUACAGCUGGUGUUGUUGUCAAGUUGUUAAAGGGUCAAGAGGUUAAAAUCAGUCACAGGCCUAUCGUUCUGGCAGAGGAACUGGUUUUGCCAUCUCUCUCUGGAUUGCCCAUGAGGCUAAGCAUCAACAUGUCCACUCUGUUCUCCGUCCGAAUUAAAGGCAUUGCUAACUUUAAGAAUUGGUCCCAUUUCUCACUGGGUGGCUAUGUCAAACCAAAUGCACUGGUUGCUGUCUCCGUGAGGGCUGGAGUGGAUGGAGCAUUUGGUCGUGUGGGAUUAGAAUGGGUCACUCAACUCAAAACCUCCACCAGUUUGGAUGGAGCUGUAUAUCUGCACCAUGGACAGAGCCUGAAGGUGGUUCUCAAUACUCCAGAAGAUGUCAUGGAUGUACUGACCUUCAGCUCCAGAAUGUACCGUGUGAGUGGGGAAAGUAAAGAGGAGCUCAUAGCUACAAGAAAUCUCAAGGAGACGAACACUUGCACUCCUAAAGCAUGGUCUAAGAUGGUUGGAUGGCAGUUAUGCUCUGAUGUCAUUUAUCCUUUGACACUGAUGGGAAAAGGCUUCCCACCGCUAGACCCCAUUCUUUUUACUCUCAGACUCCAAAAACUAGACAAAGGUCUCAACCAGUACCUCUUGGAGGCAGCCUAUACCUUGGUACCCCAGCGUAAUUCCUGGAUGCCACUGGAAGCCACUCUGCUUCUCUUUCUUGGCACACCACAAUCCACUAUCCCCAGAGAUGUGUCCCUGGAUGUCAAUCUCAGUCCAAAAAGACUGAUUCUGAAAAUAACACAUCCUCUAAAAACCAUUCACAUUCAAGCACAGCUUGAAGAAUUAAACAACCAACAUUCAGGCAGAAUCGAACUACUGAUAGACAACAUCCACCAUUAUUUUAUCAAGGGACUACUGGAGACAGUGAAUCUUGCUUCAGAGACGAGAGCCCACUUUCAUCUUGAUGCCAAAGUAGUAGCAGAUGGGCAUCCAUUCUCCCUCUCAGUCAACACCACACAUGCUCGCAGCAGGAAGUUCAUAAUACAGGCCUUACUUAAAAAUGUCUUCAAUAAGGACGCAUCGCUCUCAGUGCAGCUUGAGAAAAGUCUGGAUGAUACCCAGAGACUUUAUUCUAUAGAUGCCGGGUUUCUUUUGCCUAGUGCUGUCAGCAUCAGAGCUCUUGGGUUACUGAAGCAAAGGGGCUCAGAGUGGAGCUCUGCUGUCAGGGUCAGGUACGGUGUACAAGAGGAUUCACAGAACAUGCAGGACUGUCACAUGACACAGAAGCUCCACAGCGAGUCUGACCCAGUCCAGACGUACCGUAUAACAGCAGCUCAUGAACUCCAUUGCUCCCAUUUCAUCAACCUAAACCACAAGAUUCACCUUAAACAUGAACGGAGCCCAGUCCACAUCCAGUCAUCUCUUGAUGUGAGCUACGGAAAGCAGUGGAACCAGAGCAGCAACAAACACAGGAUCCUCUUCAAUCAGUCCCUCAGAAACCAGUCUGAACCCGGGCUCACCAGUUAUGCUGUGGAGCUCAGUCUGCGACUUCUAGACAGAGGACUGAAUUACAGAACUCAGCUUCUGCACUCUUAUUUCAAGAAGCACAAAUCUGAGAGCAGCACCCACCUGAAAAUCAACUACAACAAUCAGAUGCCUCUAGUAGCUGGCCUCCACUGGAAGGACGUGCCAACAAAGAGCUCCCUUCAAAAGUGGGAAGGGUCAUUUAACAUGGAUACCCCCUGGCUCUAUGUGUACAUCGCUCAAAAACUAACUCAGCCCCAGCGUGGCAUCAUGCAGUUCAGCUCGGAGGUCACCACACGGAAACUGGUGAACAUGAGAAGUGUUACGCUGGAGGGUUUCUACAAGGAUAGGGGCAAAGAACGACAAGGCCGGCUGCACCUUUUCACACCGACUGCCAGUUAUAUUAAGGUUGGUGGAUGGAACAUGCUGGGCAAGCGUGGAGUUAAAGCUUCAUGCUCCAUCAGCACAGCCUGGACACCAGCUUUGCAUGGGCAGAUAUCUGCAGUCAACGGCAAGCAAGUGAAGACUCUGGAAAUAAGUGCAGGCUUUGGCAAGCAGGACCUCAAUAUUUCUGCUGUUCUCAGUACUCUGGAUAAGAAGCUAAAGAAGAGGCUUCUGAUGAUGACAAUGACUCUGUCAGAUGUAAAAAACCCUUAUGCAGAGCUACAGAUGGAGGGUGCCAUAGAAGAGAUACGGAAGGAAAAGAAAAUUUAUCAGAAAAGAUGGAAGCUAAACUUCAGACCACCAUUCAAGUUUUUCCCUCAGAGUCUCAUCCUCCAGGAGACAUUCACAAGUCAUCUACAUCAGAAGGUUUAUACUUUGGAGUCAAAGGUUCUUGUCAAUGGAAAUAAAAAGGUCAUUCAUGUCCUUACUCUGGGUUUCCAGCCACAGCAGCCAUAUGUGUGCUCCUCAAUAGUCCAGUCUUUCAGCACUGAGAGAAUUCCCCAAGACUCAAAGAUCUGUGUUACUGUCCAAAACCAGCAGACUGCUUAUGAAAUUCAGGGCAGGCUGUGGACUGGAAAUGAUGAAAAACUUGCAGCCUUUGGUCAAGUAAAAAUUCAUGACCUGACUACAUCUCAGCAAGGUAUUACAGUGAAAGCCAACCUGUCCCAGCUGUUUCAGCUGGAUUUCCCGACCUCUGUCCGCCUACAUCUCGAGGUGCUCAGGAGUCACAGGAACGACAGCGAGUUUGAAUAUCAUUCAGAGGGGGAAGUUGCCAUUGACGACAAGAAUUACCAUGCUAAUGCAGCAAUAACCGUAUCCCCCUUUGGAAACAUUAGCAGUUCUAUCAGCCUGAAGGCAAAUGAAAAAAAUGCAACACUUCACUUCACUCUAGACAACAAGGUGGCGAAGAGCAUUAAUACUGUGUGCAUCCGUGCUGGCUUUCAUCAGACCUUAUUCCCAGGGGUCACUUCUGACGGUCGUAUUCAUUUAGCUGCUAAUUCUUCUUCAGAAAGUGUUUUCUUGCAGUGUACCGUUCAAAAGAAAGAGGAGACGUUUAAUGCUCACUUGAGUGGACGUCUACCAGAUGAUCAAGAGCGGCGACUAUCUCUCUCAGCAGAUAUUUUCAAUUCUAUACAAGAUCUCGCUCCUUUACCUAAUUCGGCUAGUUUAGUUGGAGUACUAACCCAGUCAAAGGGUCUAACUGAAGGAGAGAUUACUGUAGUAGUGGAUGAUGCUGUGUAUGGGCUGGAAGUGACUCGUCAGCGUGACAGCAAGUCUGGAGAAGAUCUUAGUGCCUUGCUAUGUCUAGUUGCUAUGGAAGAGACACUGUGUGUAAACAUCAACAGUCAUUUAACACAUUGUGGGUGCAGACGUCUUCAUACGCAGCUGUCUCACUCUUUCCCUUGGCUUCGUUCUGCAGGGCUUCCGCUGAACAGCAGCGCAGGUGUGUAUGUGAACUGGAACGGCAGCAGUGUGUGUGCCCAACUGAUGCUGCAUGCAGAGACAGUCACACUGGAUCAGAGCUCUCAACACAGCUCACAAACUACUGGAUGCUCUCAGGUGAACUGCACAGAGGGGAUCGACACGGGCCACCUGCUGGGCGUCUGCUCUGGGCAAGGCCAGGAAGAUUCAAUGAAGUUUGGAAUCAGAGCCAGUCUUUAUAACUCCCAGAGGUCAGCUUUCUCAUUUGAUCUUCAAGCUCACCAGAAUAUCUCCAGCAUUGGACUAAUGGUGAACAUUUCCCACAAUAUAUCUGCUUUGCAUACAUACCUGCCAUUUGAGUUUCACUCAAAAUCACAGCUGAGCCACACACGCUCUUCAGUUAAAGGUUCUGCAGAACUUCUGGUCGGUGUGAGCGCUUUGGCUUUUGAAGCAGAGAUCUCGAGUACAAACUCUGGCUUUAAACAAGUGCUGAUGUUCAAUCACUCAAUACCUCAGCUACACUUGUUGCCCAGGAAUCUGGCAUUGAGGACACGCUACGGUGGAAAGAGAGGGUCACACACUCUCAUGCAUCGAGCGCAGUGGGAGAAUCAGGAUUUAACACAGAUCGACUCCUCGGAGGGGGUCACACAGUUACAUAGUUAUCCAGAACUGUCAGGAAAGAAUCAGGGUUGGGGUUUGGAUCUUAGGAUAGAGAAUGACAUUCAGAGGAAACUAGGUGAUCUGAGUGUCGACUGGAUUCUGUUUGGACGCCAUGAUCAGGUCCGAGUUGAAGGCUCUUGGACUUUGGUGAGCAGAAAAACUGAUUCAUUAGAACAGAAACAACCCUUUAUCUCAACACUGACUCACUUUCACGUACAUGCCCUGUCUCACGGAUCCGGCCACAGGCACGACAACAACAACCAGGCCCGUCUUUCUUGGGAGCACGGAAAGCCUGUAAAUGUUUCUGUAACAGUGAGCGAGCACUGGCAUAAUGACUUAAGCAGAGGACAGGCCUGUAUCUUUCUCUCACCAGGACAGAUACAGUCGUUGCUCCCCCUAGUGGAGAUGGAGGGAUGUGUUGCUGUAGCUCAGGAGGGGAAGGCCUACUCCCAAAACACCGAGCUCAAAUGGAAGGACAAGAGGAUAACUCAAAGCAUGAAAUACCAGGGAGGAGUAAAAGGAAUGCACACACUCCUCGUGGAGGUGGGGGCCCAAAACGUCUCACCGUCUCCAUGUCCAUCUCACUCUCUUCUGACCCAGAUACACACCAACCUGAGGGACCGUCUUGAACACCAUGUUCAGAUCGGCCUCUGUCCUCCACAGCCUGGUUUAAUUUGGUCUGGAUCUCACAGAGUGAACUCAGGCAAGGAGCUGUUGUACACUCACACCCGUGUGUCUGUGUCCGGACACCCUCAGCACAACACCUUCACACUGACGCUCAGAAACAUCAGCAGCAGCCAGCGCUCCAACUACUCACUGAUCACAGAGUGGCUGGUAGGAAACUGGAGUGUGGAAUUGGCCUGCAGCUCUCUGUCUUCAGGCAGGAACAUGGCAGUCCAGGUUCAUGCAAAACUAGACCGCAGUGAGAUGCUCUGGCUGCAGGGGGUGCUGGGAAAACGCUGCCUUCGAGCUGCUGCUGGAUACGACACUGAAAUGUCUGAUGAAAUCAGAGUGGCGUUAUGUUCGGAAGGACAUCACAAGUUUACCCUGGAGGCUCAGCGAGGCGGUCGAGGCAUUGAGAAUGAGACCCUUACUCUUAUUUCUGUAGGAGCAGCCAAUCAGAGUCUGCUAUUUCAAGCUAAGGGAUGUAGGGAAUGCCUGUGGGCUGCGGAGGCACGGCUCCAGCAGCUGGGGUCCCGGAUUAGGAGUAAACUCUUGGACAGAGUUCAGAGACUUCAGCAUCUACUGUUAACAUUCAGACGACAGGCGGGGGACAGCAUGUUCCUGCUGGAGCUGAGUGAGGGGCCGCUGUCUCUGACCCAGCGAGCCGAAUCUCUGCUGCUUCAGAGAGCAGGAGCACUGUGGAAAGCAUGGACCACCGGCCUGCUCCGACACACGCUCACACACAGCCUACCGCACACGCUCCAUGUCCUGCAUCUCAUAUCUCAACAGGUCCAACAAGAGCUCAGGAAACCCCUGGCUACUCUAGCUGGAGCGUACCACGAUGUGACAGGGGUGCGUUUGGACAUGGCGUGGCAGCAAGGAAUGCAGCUGUGGACCAGAGAACUGACAGAGCGUUUGCCUGCAAUACUUCACCAUCCUCAACUGAGGGCGCCGUCGCUGACUGCAUUGCAUGUUGCCAUUUUUGCAAUGGACAUGGUGGGCCAGCAGACCUUUCAUUGGAUGGAGGCCCGAUCAGCUGCCAUGCUAGUGGGUAUCAGAAGGCAGCUUGCAAUAAUGUAUAAGUUCUCCAAAAGUGAGGGUGAGGUGAUCUUUAGGGUGCCACUUCCUGUGGGCCCCUGGCUGAAGGUGGAGGAGGCAGGUGUAGCUGAAGUUCUUCUGGAGGAGUUUGUCAUGAAGCCUCUACUGGCCUUGAAUUCUGUGAGCCCUACAGCAGAACUCUACCGGCUGAAGAGGAAGAUGAUGGACAGUCCAGUUAACUAUCAGGCAUUUCUAGUGGAAGACAUCUAUUUGGUGUCAUUCGACGGACAUCUGUUCAAACUCCCAGCUUCCUGUGACUUCAUCCUAGCAGCUGAUGUCAUCCAGCAAUCAUUCAGCAUUCUACUCAAAUCUGACAGGUUCAAACGUCGCUCGCUUCUGGUGCAAAUGCAAAACACAAAUAUUGCAAUUCACCCAAAUGGAGAGGUGGAGGUUAAUUGCCAGAUUGCACACAUUCCGUACACUAACCAUGAAGUGGCUAUCAGAAAAGAUGUGAAUUUAAUUGAGGUGUCCAAUGAGAGAGGACUUUGGGUAUCAUGUGACCCUCAUCUAGAGGUUUGUAGUGUGAGCCUAGAUGGAUGGCUUCAUGGUGUGUCCACUGGUCUUUUAGGAACCAAUGAUAAUGAGGCAGCUAACGAGCUUCUUCUGCCAGAUGGCUCUCACACACAAAGUGUGCUUCAGUUUACUCACAGCUGGCAGGUGGAUUCAGAAUGUGUCAGCAGGAAAGCUGAAGUCUGUCAGAAUGGCACUGCUGACUCCCUGUCGUGUACAUUUCUGUUCUCCUCCACAAAUUCUCCUCUGAGCCCCUGUUUCAGAGUGGUGGACCCCGCGCAGUUCAUGAUGAAGUGUGAAGGACUGGAGUGUGUAUGCGAUGAGCGUGCAGAGCUUUCCAGACCAUCCUUUUGCACACUGGCCUCUGCCUACAUCCAUCAAUGCCAUAGAAACUACGUUCCACUGGAGCCGCCAGUGCAGUGCGUGUAAGGGUGGUGUCCGGUUUACUCCAGUGAAGACAUGAAGCAUCAGCUGACCUGAAAAUUAACAGAGACCUGUACAAAAUCAUUACUUUAAGUAUCUUUAUUAAUUAUUAUUAUGCACUAUGACAAACUGAUUUAAAGAAAA